AUGGCAACAGCAGGCCAAGGGUCUCACACCAAAGUGGAGCAGAUCUGUUACCAUGGGUCCCUCGCCGAGGUUCCCCUGGUUGACUGCGACAGCAAAACAAGCAUUGCUGCAACCCAGACAGCAGCGCAAGAUAUCAAGAACUCUAGUGAGAAACACUUCACUUCAGGGAAAGCCACUGUUGACAACCAUAUUGCAGUAAAACACACUGGUGUGAAACCCUACAUGUGUGGGGAGUGUUUCAGUUCAAAAGAUGAACUUUGUGAAGCGACAGUGCGGGGGACAAAAACCUACGCGUUUGUCGGCAGGCCACAGUUCUACAGCCCCCUCUACAUGGAUCAAGGUUCUCUACAGCCUAUACUGCACCACCUACCAAGCAUCCUCUCUCACAUCCGCUUCAACCUGCUGACCUCAGACGACACGGCAGCCAUCUUGGAACAUCCACUGGUCAGGGAGAAUCCUGGGAGUUAUACGGCCAUCAGGAAUAUGGUGCAGAAUGUAGACCCCGAUCUGAAACCGAGGCAUGGGAUGUUCACGGAGAUGGUGCUGCUGUUCAGAGUAGAGAUAGAUGAGAUUCUCUUCAUGAACCCCCAGGAAGGGAAGUACAUAAGCUGCAGUUAUGAUGAUAUUAACUUUGCUGAAGCCUGGGCCAUAACAGUCACAAGUAAUAAUGAUAUAUUCUUGCUGAGUAGCGAAUUUGAUAAAGAAGGUUACGAUGAAUUGUCCAUGUUAAAGUACAACCAUGCAGAGAAUGUAUGGAAACAUGCUGGUAUGUCAUCUGUAUCCAAUUCGCUGCAACCAGGAGCAACUCGUUACGAAAAGCUCCUUGUUGAAAAAGAUAAUCUUUUUUACAACCUUGGCGUUGAAACAAGAAUCAUACUUGGCGCCACUGGAUCAGUGAAUAUGAGAAAGUACAACCGGCACACAGACCAGUGGCAGGACUGUUCACAGCUGCUAAUUGAUGCAGAGUGGAAUUUUUGCGCUCCUUUGCUCUGCGGCCAACACAUAUAUUUCAUCAUGAACUCAGAAAUGCAUCGCUACGACCCGAGUCAGGACUCUUGGUGUGAGCGGACUCCGCCCAAACUCAUACCUCAAGUCCGCACAGCCGUUGCCAUAGGAACAGACAUUUUCUGCACAGAUCAUCACUUCACCCAGACUAUGGUGUACGAUACAGAGUUAGACCACUGGCAGAAACUGCAGGGCUGGCCAAACUCGAGAAACCUUGAUGUUAAGGUUAAGUUUCCCUAUUUUUUUGUACUGGAGAACCAGCUGCAUGCAUGGGCGACCUACGAUAAUACUGUACAAGGUUCAUCCAAUGACUAUCUAGUCUAUGUGUAUGACAGAUCUGCUGAUGCUUGGAGAGACUUGAAUGCCUCCAUACCUAAUGAGGAGUAUUGUGUACCUUCAUGUCAGUGCCCCGUGGCUCGUGUAUACCUACCUUAUCUAAGGAGAGCAUAACACAUCACAUCUUAUGCUUUUCAACGUUACUAUGUAAGAUCAGGACCCACAGAACAAAGCUGUUAGAUAACAUUUUUGUUUAGAUCUGAGAUUUUGGUUAAUCUCCCCACAAUGAAAGAAAUUUGGUACAAACAUUGCGCCUCUCUUAUAGAUAUGGAUACGGAUAUUUUUAUUACAGACGAGAUGUGUUUUGAAAUCUAACG